AUGGCGUAUUCAACCAUCAAGAUUCUCAGCAUCAUCAUUCUCUUCCUUUCCCUCAGUUCUCAAGGUUGGGCAUGCUCUUUCCGUGAUAUCUCCAUAAGCCAAAAACAAACCGGAGUUCAAGUGCAGGGAAAGCCUGAGUGGACAGUGACUGUCACCAACAAUUGUGCAUGUGUUCAACUGAAUGUGAUCUUGAAGUGCAGUGGAUUUCAAUCUGUUGAAAAAAUAGACUCUUCAAUUUUGAGUGUCUCAUCCGGUGGCUGUCUUCUUAAUAAUGGUCUACCUAUCUACAGAGAUGCUGUCCAAUUCAAUUAUGCUUCUGAUCAACAAUUUGCAUUCACUCCUAUUUCAUCUCAGAUUGCUUGUUCUUGA